UUGGACGAAAAUAUUUCAAAAUUUGUAUUGGGCCGUUCGCUUGAGAAGCGCAGAACAUCCAGAGUUCCAGACGUAGUACACCUAUAUAGGGAAAGGAUUCCUUCAUCUUUUAGAGCUCUGCAUCCUAGCGUCCAGUAACGUCCAGUACAAGCACGACGAAUCCUCAGCAAACCACGAGACUUUCUCCUCGCCGCCGGAGAGCAAACGGCUACAUGUCCAGACUCCGCCGCGCCGCCCUCGCCGCGGCACUGGCCGGGACGGCGGCCGUGGCGGCGAAGCUGUCGGGGAUUUCCGUCCGCGUCUCCCAUCCGCCGCAAGACGGCGCCGCCACCACCACCCGCGGACACCUGGGCCUCGUCCGCGCGCACCCUGGGCUGCGGGACCUCAACGCGGCCCUCGCCGGCAGCAGCAGCGGCAGGGACGCCUUGUUCCUCGACGCGGCCCACGCGCUCGCCGCCGGUGCACUCCGCGCUCCGACCUUCACCGGCAGGUACCUCCGUGAGUAUGCCAAGAAACUAGCGGCCGCGGAGUCCACGGUCGUCUACCGGGUCGAGAUGGGCCUGGCACUCGUACACGCUCGGGACGGCCGAUUCGACCAAGCGCUCGCCGAUGUCGCCCGGCUGGUCGCGGACAGACCAGGCGACCCCCACCUGCGGAUCACCUCCGCCGCGCUGCGCCUCCUGCACGGCCGGAUGGGGACCCCGGCCGAGUGGCUCAACGGCCUCCCAGAGGACGCCGGAUGGAGGGUGGCGUUCGAGGUCGUAUUCGCCAUGCCCGGGUCCUCGCCGCUGUACACCCAAGGUGCCGCCGACAGGGUAGUCAUGUUGCUAGCGGCCAAGCUCGCCGAGGCCGUGCUCGUCAAGAAUUUCGAGCAAGGUGAGUGGUCCGUCGCGGACAAGCUGGCCAUUUCGUUGCUGCUCACCGCACUACGCCUCUUCGUGUCCAAGUACAGCCGUUUUCCGUACUUCACGAGGCCGAAGUCGACGCCGCCGCCGCCUUCCUCCGGUGGCCGCGAAAUCAAGCCCGUCAACCUGCAGCCGGUGUUCCUCGUGGAAUGCUCCCAAGCGAUGCUCGCGUCGCUGCUCCGAGCGCGGCCGCUCUGCGGCGAGCGACUCCGAGAGGCGCGCGCCACCGCCGAGCGCGCCCUCGCCGACGCCGAGGCGGAGGGCGACGACCUCGCGGCGGUCGACGUCAACCUCCUCCUCGCCUUCCUCGCCGCCAGGGACGGGGACUUCGACGACGCGCUGCGGCGGUACAAGGCGGCCGUGCAGAAAGACCCGUCGGACUCCCAGCCGUACGAGCUCGCCGCGGCGCUCUGCGCCAUCAACGGCGACGCCGCGGAGUCAGAGGCGUGGCGGCGAGACGGCAAGCAGCACGGCCGCGCUACUGUCGCUGUCGCCGUCGCCGAGCUUGAGCUGCCAGCCCUCCUCGACGAGCUGGUGGUCGCGGCGGCGCUCGGCUCCGGGAUUCUGACGACCCUCGACCUCGAGCGUGGGGGACGACGGCGCCUCGUGUUGGUCGCCGCGUGGAGGGAGGUGGACGCAAGGCUCGCGGCGGCGGUGCUGGACGACGACCUGACAUUGCCGGAGCGCGUGCAGCUCCGCCUGCUCCGCCGUUUGCUGCGCGGCGAGACGCAGCUAUUGCUGGACACUGCCAGCCAUGGACUGAUGAAGAACUCCACGCGUGAGAGUGACUGAAGUUUCAGAAUUGGGAACGCGCUGGACAUCUUGAUUCGUGUCUACAUUGUUGGGGAAGAGGAUGGGAAGUUAAGACAGUGAGAAAUAAAGGUGGAUCAGUAUGAGAAUUUGAUUUUUAGUCUCAAUUUCUUUUAAAUUAGCGGUGGGAACUGGGAAGUGAUACAAGGGCAAUCAUAACCCUCCAUUUAGGAUGGUGUCUAUGGUAUUAACUACAUUCACAUGUAGGACUUUUAACUUAUGUGUCACUAUAUUAAUUAAGAGAGAGAGAGAGUGAAGAGAGAAAGAAACUGGGUCUCAUGCAAGAUACAGUUUCAACACGAGAACAUAUGCACUAGACACUAUCAAGUUUUGCAUUGGGAGAAAAUAGUGUCUUCAUAGUAGAUGAAGAAUAAAUAUGAUUGGUAAAGAAGAGAGAUGAUGUAUUUAUUAAUGACCCACUUUAAGAAAUCAUGGGUUGUGAAGUGUAGUUUCCAUUGUAAUGUCUUAUUGAUAUGUCACCAUAGACACUGUUUAUGGACACUAUGGGUUGAGACUGCCCUAAGUUGGUACUUCUUCAA